ACCACGGGAUCUGCUCGCCGCUGUUUUCCUGCUGCAGCAAGUAGAGCCGCGUCGAGGCAGACUGGGACAACUCACCGCCUCCACCUUCACACAUUCUCGUCUACGAUGAAACUUUCUGCAAUAUUAUCCUUUCUUAGUGAGCGCAUCAUCUGCGUCACAUUGCUGGUCAUGGGCCUUUCUACUCCUGGACAAACAGAAAUCACCAGUCUGGACGCAGCCAACAUCGAUGACAUCCUGAAUAAUGCCGGCGUGUCUUUAGUAAACUUUUAUGCUGACUGGUGCAGAUUUAGUCAGAUGCUCCAUCCCAUCUUUGAGGAGGCGUCCAACAUAGCGCGGGAAGAAUUCCCUGACACCAAGCAGGUGGUGUUUGCACGUGUUGACUGCGACCAGCACUCCGACAUAGCCCAGCGCUACCGCAUCAGCAAGUACCCCACGCUGAAGCUGUUUCGCAACGGCAUGAUGAUGAAGCGGGAGUACAGGGGUCAGAGGUCGGUGGCGGCCUUAGCCGAAUUCAUCCGCCAGCAGCAAGUUGACCCUGUGAAAGAGAUCCAGUCGCCGGAGGAGCUGAAGACUGUGGAUAGGAGCAAAAGGACAAUUAUUGGUUACUUUGAGAAGAAAGAUUCCGACAAUUACCACACUUUUGAAAAAGUCUCCAACAUCCUCCGAGAUGACUGUGUUUUCUUGGCUGCUUUUGGUCCCAUGUCAGAGUCUGAGCGCUUCAACGGGGACAAUAUAAUUUACAAGCCGGUAGGGGAGGGCGUCCCCGACAUGGUCUACCUCGGCUCCCUCACCAACUUUGACCUGACCUACGCUUGGGCUCAGGACAAGUGUGUGCCUCUGGUCAGGGAGAUCACAUUUGAAAACGGAGAGGAGCUCACUGAAGAGGGCAUCCCUUUCCUCAUUCUGUUUCAUCUUAAAGAAGACAAUGAGAGCUUAGAGAAGUUCCAGCGUGAAGUAGCUCGUCAGCUCAUCAGCGAGAAAGGUUCCAUCAACUUCCUGCACGCAGACUGUGACAAGUUCCGCCAUCCUCUCCUGCAUAUUCAGAAAACUCCUGCCGACUGUCCCGUGAUCGCCAUAGACUCGUUUAGGCACAUGUAUGUCUUCCCGGAUUAUAAAGAUCUAGAUACUCCCGGGAAGCUGAAACAGUUUGUAUUGGACCUUCACUCCGGAAAACUUCACAGAGAGUUCCACCACGGUCCGGAUCCCACGGACAGCACACCUGGACAGGAGGACGUAAGGGGCGACCUGGCCAGCCGUCCGCCAGAGAGCUCUUUCCAAAAGCUGGCGCCCAGUGAAACCCGCUACACCAUCCUCAGUCGAGACCGUGACGAGCUGUGACCUCAGCCGCAUUUCCUUGCAGUCAUCUUUUUUGACUCGACGCCACACCUCGGGGGCAGGGGGGCAGGGAUGUCCGGGGAGGGGGUUUUGGGUCAGGAUACAGGCCAGCGGGACAAAACGGCAACACCAAUCACCCUUACUGAAGGAGAGAUGAAGAAGAACUGGAGGAGAGAAAGAGUGAGAGUGCGAAGCCCAUGACACAACCAUGUUGGAAUAAUCUAUAUUUUCUUAACUUGUAAUAUUUUAGUUUGGAUUUUGGGAAGGGUGAAGAAUCAAGAAGUGUGUGGGGGUUGAAGCAUCAGGAGAUGUUUUUACUUUUUUUUUUUUUUUGGGCGCUUGUACAUAUAUUUGUGUUCCAUGGCAUUGUUGAUCUAAAUUAAAUGCACCGUUAUUUUCUUUAGUUAAUUCCACCUGUCACUCCGCAUACUUUCUGUGGCCCGUUUCCGCAGAGACCGCUUCGAAAUAGCGUGACGACGAAAAAGCACAAGGCACUACAAAGAAGUAACAUCUUCUUCCUCUUUCCCUGCAAAAGAUUAGAAAUGUAUUUGCUUAUUGGUACUAUUUGUUAAGCCCAAAGGUGGGGUGUAAGAUCCAGUCCGCGUCAGAAAAACUGUUGUAAAGAGACUGGAAAUGUAUGCCUCAUUAGUACUGAUAAUACACUGUAAAAACAAAAGGAUGUCAGGCUUUUAGGUGGAAUUUCAGGAUGAAUCAAAGAGGUGCAAAACCUCUACAAGGGAACGUAAAAGUCCUCAAAAACUUUGAUUAUUCAACUUUUCAGUUGAUUUUCUAUCACAAUGUAUUGAAUGGACCAAUACAAUUUCUAACUCAAUUAGAAUUGGUAUAUAAACGGUUCUCUUCAUGCUUUUAGCAUUUUUACAUCAUGGGACCAAGAGCACUCGUCAGAAUUGAUUAACAGUGCGUUAACUAGGAACCAAAAGACAGGAAGUAGAUGUCUUUGGAAAUUGUAAACCAAACACCUGUUGUGAAUGUUGCCUAACUUGGGCCAGUUAGACAUGCGUUCAGAACACUUAAGGUCAGAAGUCCUUCUGAACAUGUCAAACUCCAUUUUCGGUCAUCCUGAUUUUUAACCUAACAUUUAUUAAAUGACAUUCGUUAAUACAGACACAAACUGCUCCUGAACAGCUUCUGCGAUUUUUGUUGAAGUGUCCUCUAAUUCAAAAAGACAUCCGAGAAGUUUUUUUUUUUUUUUUAAUUAACAAUUGUUUGAAAGCCCUUUCCAAGAUUUUGCACUCACAUCCCACAGAAGCAUUUAAUACAAAGGACUAUACAGUUCGAAAAUAAACCCUAAUACACCAAAAGCGUCAUGAACAGAAACCCAGAAAUACACCUAAUUGAAUAAGAUUGAGCAUCAGUUUUUCAUAUGAACUUAACAGGAAAACAUUUCCUCUCAGUGCCCAAUAUCAAUGAACAAAAUAUUGCAAGAUUGCCAAAGAUUCGACUAAAAUUAUGAAUACAAAAGAUUGUUCUGUGCUUUGCCACUGAAGCGAAAUACCUCCGCUGUGAUGCAUAAGGAAAAGCUGCGCAUCGUGGUUCCUAGGAUUAUUUCCAAACAUAUUUGUACACAUGCGUUUCCACAUGGUCAUGGCUGUUUUAUGUCAGCAAGAGGAGCCUGCUCAAAAGUUUUUAAUGUUUUCUGUACAAAUUGUUGAUCCCUUGAAUAGAUGCAACAGUGGGCUCGUUGCUGAAUUUGUACUGUCCAAUGGAGGCCAAGAGACAUUGUGACAUAUCAGCCCACACGAAAAAGAAUGGAUGCCAUUUCCUAACAAGUCAUCUCAAGAGGGGAACAAUUUGGGAAAGGGAUGACUAUUAAAAGUCCUUUUACAGUA